AUGGACCCGGAACAGGCCGGAUGGCGCGCGGACGCCACGGCGCCCCCGCCGCCUUUCGUGCGCGUCGCCCCCUCGCUCUUCCUCGGGAGCUCGCGCGCCGCGGCCGCGCCAGAGCCGCUGGCGCGCGCGGGCGUCACCCUGUGCGUCAACGUCUCGCGCCAGCAGCCCGGCCCGGGCGCGCCCGGCAUCGCCGAGCUGCGCGUGCCCGUGUUCGACGACCCGGCGGAGGACCUGCUAGCGCACCUGGAGCCCACCUGCGCCGCCAUGGAAGCCGCGGUGCGCGCCGGCGGCGCCUGCCUCGUCUACUGCAAGAACGGCCGCAGCCGCUCGGCCGCCGUCUGCACCGCCUACCUGAUGCGUCACCGCGGCCUCAGCCUGGAGCGGGCCUUCCGGACAGUGAAGAGCGCCCGCCCAGUUGCCGAGCCCAACCCGGGCUUCUGGUCCCAGCUCCAGAAGUACGAGGAGGCCCUGCAGUCGCGGUCCCUCCUGCCCUGGGAGCCGUCGGGCCCGAGUGAGCCCUGA